CCUCAGGCGCCUCUUUCUUGGGCCUGGCAGUUGGGGAUUGUUGCUGCUGAGGGGAGUCUGGUGGUCUUAAGGCGAGGAGCCCCCAACCCCCCCCCCCGCCCAUGGGGGGGGCCAUGACGGGACUACUGUGGAGACAUCUUUUUUGAAUUUCUAAGACCAGGUUCACAGAUGAUGCCUACAUAGAUGACUGAGAGCAGUUGGGCUGAAUGCUUCAUUGCUGAGCCAGUCACUCAGGUCUCCUGGCUGUCUUGGUUGCUAUGGGAGAUUGGAGGACUAUUACAGUGCCAAUCCCUUCAUCAGAAAGCAAAAAUAUUUCUCAGUUUACCUCAGAAGCUAAUAUGUCUCCUUCAAGUUUAUACUCACAGCAAAUUCUGUGUGCUUCACUACCUUUGGCAAAGAAUGUGCACAAUUUUUUCAGGGCUUUCUGCACAGAAGAGAAUGUUGACCAGAGUAUAUCCUAUCUUGAUCAGGAGCUGACUACUUUAGGUUUUCCUUCAUUAUAUGAAGAGUCCAAAGGUAAAGAGGUUAAAAGAGACUUAAAUAUAGUUGCAGUUUUAAAUUGUAUCCAUGAACUACUUGUACUUCAUCGAAAGAACCUCCUAGCUCAGGAAAAUGUGGAAUCGCAGAAUUUGAAACUGGGAAGUGAUAUGGACCAUCUACAGAACUGCUAUUCCAAGCUGAAGGAACAACUAGAAACAUCUAGGAGGGAAAUGAUUGGGCUUCAGGAGAGAGACAGACAGCUACAAGGCAAGAACAGAAAUUUGCACCAGUUACUUAAAAAUGAGAAGGAUGAGGUACAAAAAUUACAGAAUAUCAUUUCGAGUCGGGCAACUCAGUAUAAUCAUGAUAUGAAGAGAAAAGAACGUGAAUAUAACAAGCUAAAGGAACGUCUUCAUCAACUUGUUAUGAAUAAAAAGGAUAAAAAAACAGCUAUGGAUAUUUUAAAUUGUGUAGGGAGAGCAGAUGGAAAGAGAGGUGCUUGGAGAACUGGCAAAACUGAAGCUAGGAAUGAAGAAGAAAUGUAUAAAAUUCUGUUGAGUGACUAUGAACAACGCCAGAAGCAAAUUCUAUUAGAAAAUGCUGAACUCAAGAAAGUCCUUCAGCAAAUGAAAAAGGAAAUGAUUUCUCUUUUGACACCACAAAAGCAAAAACCUAAAGAAAAAGCUGAAGACAGUUCAGGGACUGUACUGUCAGAUGUUGAAGAAGAUACUUCAGAACUAAGUAAAGAAAAUAUGUGGGAACUCUCUUGUGAAACUGUGAGAGAGCAACUUACUAAUAGCAUUAGGAAACAGUGGCGGAUUUUGAAAAGUCAUGUUGAAAAACUUGAUAAUCAAGUAUCAAGGGUGCAUUUAAGAGGCUUUAAGGAUGAAGAAGUUAUCUCAAGACAGGAUCAUGAGCAAGAAACUGAAAAACUGGAGUUGGAAAUUCAGCAGUGUAAAGAAAUGAUCCAGACUCAGCAACAGCUUUUACAGCAGCAGUUCACUGCAUGUGAUGAUGACACCUCCUCAUUAUUACAAGAUUGUUAUUUACUGGAAGAAAAAGAGCGUCUUGAAGAAGAAUGGGCCUUAUUUAAAGAACAAAAAAAGAACUUUGAUAAAGAAAGACGGAGUUUUACUGAAGCUGCUAUCCGACUAGGACUAGAGAGACAGGCCUUUGAAGAAGACCGAGCUGGUUGGCUAAAGCAACAGUUUUUAACCAUGACUUCCUUUGACCAUAAGAACUCAGAAAAUGGGAAACCUCAAAGUGCCUUCUCAGAAAGUUCUGAUCAGGACAAUCUAACACUGCACUCCGAGCCUUCAGUAUGCACAUCUAAAAUCACUAAAUCUCUUCCUGCUUCCCCUUCUACUUCAGAACUUUUCCAGACAGUUCAACAUAUAUCAGAAAAUAGGAAGACAAGGAACAUACAUCAAUCUACUAAAUUUGCUUGGUGAAGAAGAGUCAGUCUGAGGAUGAUGUGUAAUUUUAGAUUUCCCUACCUUUUCCCCUUAUCUCAACCUAAGAUACUUUUUAAGAUUUUCA